AUGGACGUCAAACCCGUCCCAGCUUUUUAUUGCUGCUACCUUCUCCGCUCCACCGUGCGCCACUCCAGCCUCUAUGUUGGAUCCAGUCCCAAUCCUGCCCGACGUCUUGCUCAACAUAAUGGUCGUGUGCAGGGCGGGGCAGUGCGGACGUCCCGAGCAAGUCUUCGGCCUUGGGAAAUGGCCUGCAUCGUCGCCGGAUUUCCCUCCAACAUUGCCGCUCUGCAAUUUGAAUGGGCCUGGCAGAACGCCCAUCUAACUAGACACAUCAACCCGACCGAGCGCAUCUCCUUUGCCACCACACGCACGAAGACCUCUGCCCAGACAAGGAAGACAACACGGAGACCAGGCCGACCACGGACCUCCCUCAUAGACAAACUGUCCAACUUACACCUCUUGCUUCGCGUUCCUUACUUCUCCAAAUGGCCUCUUGAAGUGCGUUUUUUCAGCGAGGAUGUAUAUCGCUCAUGGGCGACCUGGUGUGGGCGGGUUGAUUCAUAUAUCCGUCCCAGCAUCAAGGUUUAUUUCGAUCCCGCGCAGACAGUCCCGCAAGAGCAAGACUUCACUUCAGCCCAGCCAGUGCCGAGGAGGCGAAAGGCUGAUUUAAUUGGGAAAGGUGGAGUUGAGGGUGUAGAUCCGACUUAUGCCCGAUUCCAUGGUGUGUUUGAGAAGUCCCAGUUUCUUCUUGACGAAGGUGACAACCAGAGGUGCUCGGUGUGCGACGAAAGCAUUGAUAUCCACAAACACCUUUUCAUCAUCUGUCACACCGAUGACUGUCAGGACAUUUGCCACGUAACUUGCCUAGCGGACACAUCCCUGAAGAGAGCCGAGUCGGCUUUGGUUGUCCCGGAGACUGCACGCUGUCCAUCAUGUGGCCAUGAUCACAAAUGGGUGGAAUUGAUGCAACAGGUGACUCUGAGAACUAGAGGCAUAAAAGAGGUACAAAAUUUGUUAGGGAAAAGGGGCAAGAGUACUGCAGCUGCCGCUGCCGAGAUCCUAGAAACCGAAAGUGAGAACGAUGAUGAGCAAGAAAACGGGGAAGGUGUUCUUACACUUCAAGAUGCUGUUGAUGACGAACCCGGGUUGAGUGGCGAGGAGCAGGAGGACAAUUUAUCUGUCGCUUCAGUUGCGUCCACAGACUCGUUGAUAAGCCUGACGCCCAAUGUUCUGGGUGAUGCUGACAACAGUACCCAGCCGGGAAAACUCGAGAUCGUCAUUGAAGAUAGCGAAGAUGACAGAUGA